AUGAAGGCCUUUGUUUCUUUUUCAGUUUCACCUCUUCUUCUCAGCUACUCGCUGUGGUCAGCCAUUGGACUCUCCAUCGCACUGCGUGUGGGAUUUGACAACUUCGAGCAGCUGCUCUCAGGGGCUCACUGGAUGGACCAGCACUUCUGUACGACGCCCCUGGAGAAGAACGCGCCUGUCAUCCUGGCCAUGCUGGGUAUCUGGUACAUCAACUGCUUUGGGUGCGAGACGCAGACCAUGCUGCCCUACGACCAGUAUCUGCACCGCUUUGCGGCCUAUUUCCAGCAGGGCGACAUGGAGUCCAACGGGAAGUACAUCACCAAGUCUGGCACUCGUGUGGACCACCAAACGGGCCCCAUUUUGUGGGGGGAGCCAGGGACCAAUGGCCAGCAUGCCUUCUACCAACUCAUCCACCAAGGCACCAAGAUGAUACCUUGUGACUUCCUCAUCCCGGUCCAGACCCAGCACCCGAUAAGGAAGGGUUUGCACCACAAGAUCCUCCUGGCCAACUUUUUGGCCCAGACGGAGGCCCUGAUGAAGGGGAAGUCGACAGAGGAGGCCCGGAAGGAGCUGCAGGCUGCAGGGAAGAGUCCAGAGGCCUUGGAGAAGCUGUUGCCACACAAGGUCUUUGAAGGAAAUGGCCCAACCAACUCCAUUGUAUUCACCAAGCUCACGCCAUUCAUUCUGGAAGCCUUGAUUGCCAUGUAUGAGCAUAAGAUCUUCGUUCAGGGUAUCAUCUGGGACAUCAACAGCUUUGACCAGUGGGGGGUGGAGCUAGGAAAGCAGCUGGCCAAGAAAAUCGAGCCCGAGCUUGACGGCAGUAGCCCAGUGACCUCUCAUGACUCUUCCACCAAUGGGCUAAUCAACUUCAUCAAGCAGGAGCGUGAGGCCAGAAGCCAAUAAACUCAUGCCCGGCUGCAGUCCCUGUUGUGACUGGUCCUUCUUGUCCCUCCUCACCAGAGAUGCACUGCACGGUCCUGCCCGGAGCAGCCUCUGGUCGCGGGCUUGGCGCACAAGCCCUCUGGGGGAAGCUGGUCUGGAAUUGCCACCCCGCCCUUCCAUGUCCACGCGCCCUCCGUUUUACCAUCGGCUCAAGUGUUUCAGUGCAGCAGACUUUUCUGACCACGUUCACUUUGUUCAUGUACCAGAUAGAAAAAUAAAGAUGCCAGAAAGGAAAAAAAAAA